GCGUACCCGCACUCAGGAGCUGCUGCGCUCAGAGCGCUCAGACCUUGACCGCAGCAGCCGGCGACGGAGGCAAACUCCCGCCCGCCAGCCCUCCCGGCGACAUGCGCCUCGGCUAGCGGCUCGCUGGUCCCCCGAGCCACCACGCGUCUUUUUUUUUUUUCUUCCUCUCUCGAUUCUCUUUUUCUCUCCCGCACACACGCACACACAGUCUCACAUCAGUCUAUACACUGGAGGAUAAAAAAAAAAAUAACAUUGCCUUCGUGCCCCCUCCCUCUCCACCCCCAGCAGCGGAGAAACGGCGCGUUGAGGGGCGCCGGACCGUCUGGAAAUGCUAAUCCUCAAGCGCUUCCUCGCUUGCAUUCAGCUCCUCUGUGUUUGCCGCCUUGAUUGGACUUAUGGAUAUUACAGACAACAGAGAAAACUUGUUGAGGAGAUUGGCUGGUCCUAUACAGGAGCACUGAAUCAAAAAAAUUGGGGGAAAAAAUAUCCAACAUGUAAUAGUCCAAAACAGUCUCCCAUCAAUAUUGAUGAAGAUCUUACACAAGUGAAUGUGAAUCUUAAGAAACUGAAGUUUCAGGGUUGGGAUAAAGCAUCCUUGGACAGCACAUUUAUUCAUAAUACUGGGAAAACAGUGGAAAUUAAUCUCACGAAUGACUACCGACUCAGUGGAGGACUUUCAGAAAUGGUAUUCAAAGCCAGCAAAAUAACUUUUCACUGGGGAAAAUGCAAUACAUCAUCUGAUGGAUCAGAACAUAGUUUAGAAGGACAAAAAUUUCCACUGGAGAUGCAAAUCUACUGCUUUGAUGCAGAUCGAUUUUCAAGUUUUGAUGAAGCGGUUAAAGGAAAAGGGAGGUUAAGAGCUAUCUCCGUUUUAUUUGAGGUUGGAAUAGAAGAAAAUUUGGAUUAUAAAGCCAUCAUUGAGGGAGCCGAGAGUGUUAGUCGUUUUGGGAAGCAAGCUGCCUUAGAACCAUUCAUUUUGCUGAACCUUCUUCCAAACUCAACUGACAAGUAUUAUAUUUACAAUGGCUCCUUGACAUCUCCUCCCUGCACGGACACUGUUGAAUGGAUUGUUCUUAAAGAUACAGUUAGCAUCUCUGAAAGCCAGUUGGCUGUAUUUUGUGAAGUUCUCACCAUGCAGCAGUCUGGUUACGUCAUGUUGAUGGACUACUUACAGAAUAAUUUUCGGGAACAACAGUACAAGUUCUCUAGACAGGUGUUUUCCUCAUACACUGGAAAGGAAGAGAUUCAUGAAGCAGUUUGUAGUUCAGAACCAGAAAAUGUGCAGGCUGACCCAGAGAAUUAUACCAGCCUUCUUGUCACAUGGGAAAGACCUCGAGUUGUUUAUGAUACCAUGAUUGAGAAGUUUGCAGUCCUGUACCAGAAGUUAGAAGGAGAAGACCAAACCAAGCAUGAAUUUUUGACAGAUGGCUAUCAAGAUUUGGGUGCUAUUCUCAAUAAUUUACUACCCAACAUGAGUUAUGUCCUUCAAAUAGUAGCCAUAUGCACUAAUGGCUUAUAUGGAAAAUACAGCGACCAACUGAUAGUCGACAUGCCCGACAAUGAUGCUGAAUUUGACCUUUUUCCUGAAUUAAUUGGAACUAAAGAAAUAAUCAAGGAGGAAGACGAGGGAAAGGCCACUGAAGAAGACACUGUGGUGAAUCCUGGUAGAGACAGUGCCACAAACCAAAUAAGGAAAAAGGAACCCCAAACUUCUACCACAGCACACUAUAAUCACAUAGGGACCAAGUACAAUGAGGCCAAGACCAACAGAGCUCCAACAAGAGGAAGCGAAUUUUCUAGAAUUCCCAAGAUGUCUUUGUAUUCCACUUCCCAACCAGUCGCUGAAUUAGCCACAGAAAAAGAUGUUUCCAUGAUUCCUCAAACUGUGACUGAACUGCCACUGCGUACUGUGGAAGGUACUUUGACCUCUUUCAAUGAUGGCUCUGAGACUGUCCUUAGAUUUCCACAGAUAAACUUGUCUGGGACUGCAGAAUCUUUAAAUGCAAUUUCUAUAACAGAUUUUCAAGAGGUAUCUACUGAUAUCAGUGAAGAGGACAGUUUAUUGACCAGUUUCAAGCUUGAUACUGGAGCAGAUGAUUCUUCAGGCUCCAGUCCUGCAACCUCUGCUCUGCCCUUCACCUCUGAGAGCAUAUCCCAGGGGGACAUAUUUUCUUCAGAAAUCCCAGAGGCAAUCACAUACGAUGGCUUUAAGCCAGAAACUGCGAGAAAUGUUUCAGAAGAUCCAGCUUCAUCAGGUUCAGAAGAUUCACUAAAGGAUCCUUCCAUUGAUGGAAGUGUGUGGUUUCCUAGCUCCACAGAUGUGUCAGCACAGCCUGAUGUUGGAUCAGGUAGAGAGAGCUUCCUCCAGACUAAUUACACUGAGAUACAUAUUAAUGAAACUGAAAAGACAACUGAGUCCUUUUCUCCAGGCCCUGUGGUGUCACAGGGUCCCUCGGUCACAGAUAUAGAAAUGCCACAUUAUUCUACCUUUGCCUACCUUCCGACUGAGGUAACCCCUCAUGCUUUCACAUCAUCCUCUGGACAACAACAUUCGGUCUCCACCAUCAAUGUUGUACACUCGCAGACAACUCAGCCGGUAUACAAUGGUGAGACACCUCUUCAACCUUCCUACAGUAGUGAAGUCUUUCCUCUAGUCACCCCUUUGUUGCUUGACAAUCAGAUCCUCAACACUACCCCUGCUGCUUCAAGUAGUGAUUCGGCCUUGCAUGCUACGCCUGUAUUCCCCAGUGUUGAUGUGUCAUUUGAAUCCAUCCUGUCUUCCUAUGACGGUGCACCUUUGCUUCCAUUUUCCUCUGCUUCCUUCAGUAGUGAAUUGUUUCGCCAUCUGCAUACAGUCUCUCAGAUCCUUCCACAAGUUACUUCAGCUGCUGAGAGUGAUAAGGUGCCCUUGCAUGCUUCUGUGCCAGUGGCUGGUGGUGAUGUGUUGUUAGAACCCAGCCUUGCUCAAUAUUCUGAUGUGCUGUCACAUCAGACCACUACUCAUGCUGCUUCGGAGACAUUGGAAUUUGGUAGUGAAUCCGGUGUCCUUUAUAAAAUGCUUAUGUUUUCUCAAGUUGAACCAUCCAGCAGUGAUGUCAUGGUGCAUGCACAUUCUUCAGGGCCUGAACCUUCCUAUGCCUUAUCUAAUAAUGGGGGCUCCCAACACGUCUUCACUGUUUCUUACAGUUCUGCAAUACCUGUGCAUGAUUCUGUUGAUGUAUCUUAUCAGGGUUCCUUAUUUAGGAGUCCUAGCCGUAUAUCAAUGCCUAAGUCUUCAUUAGUGACCCCAACUGUGUCAUUACUGCAGUCCACUCAUGUCCUCUCUGGUGAUGGGGAAUGGUCUGGAGCCUCUUCUGAUAGUGAAUUUCUUUUACCUGACACAGAUGGGCUGACAGCCUUUAACAUUUCUUCACCUGUUUCUGUAGCUCAAUUUACAUAUACAACAUCUGUGUUUGGUGAUGAUAAUAAGCUGCUUUCUAAAAAUGAAAUAAUGUAUGGAAAUGAGACUGAACUGCAAAUUUCUUCUUUCAGUGAGAUGGCUUACCAUUCUGAAAGCACAGUCAUGCCCAACAUGUAUGAUAAUGUCAAUAAGUUGAAUGUGCCUUUACAAGAAACCUCUGUUCCCAUUUCUAGCACAAAAGGCAUGCUUCCAGGGUCUCUUGGUUAUACUGCCACUAAGGUUUUUGAUCAUGAGAUUAGUCAAGUUCCAGAAAAUAACUUUCCAGUUCAACCUACACAUACUGUAUCUCCAGCAUUUGGUGACACAUCUCUUAAACCUGUGUUUAGUGCAAACUCAGAGCCAGCACCCUCUGACCCUGCUUCUAGUGAAAUGUUGUCUCCUUCAACCCAGCUUUUAUUCUCUGAGGCCUCAUCUCCUUUUCAUACUGAAGUAUUGCUGCAACCUUCCUUUCAGUCUUCUGAUGUUGACACCUUGCUUAAAACUGCUUUUCCAGCUGUGCCUAGUGAUCCAAUAUUGGUUGAAACCUCCAAGGUUGAUAAAGUUAGUCCUGCAAUAUUGCAUCUCAAGGCAACAAAUUCUGCUUCAAGUGAAAGCGCGAUGCACUCUACAUCUGUACCAGGUUUUGAUGUAUCACCACCGCCUUCUAGUAUGCACUCUGCUUCACUUCAAGGUUUAACCAUUUCUUAUACAAAUGAGAAAUAUUUUGAACCAGUUUUUCCUAAAAGCAAAAGUUCCCAGCAAGAGGUACCUUCUUUGCACAGUAAUGAUGAGUUAUUCCAAACUGCUAAUUUGGAGAUUAAUCAAGCCUUUCCUCCAGAAGGAAGGCAUGCAUUUGCAACCCCUGUUUUAUCAAUUGAUGACCCACCACAUACACUUAUAAAUAAGCUUAUAUUUUCUGAUGAAGUCUUCACCUCCACCAAAAGUUCUAUUACUGAUGAGGUAUUUGCUGGUACUCCAAUACUUGUUUCUGAUACACUUGUCUCUACUCAUCACUCUGUUCCUUUAGGAAAUGGGUACAUUUCUGUUACAGCCGUUUCUCCCAACAGAGAUGGUUCCAUGACCACAGCAAAGCUGCUGCUUCCUUCUAAAGCUCCUUCUAAGCUGACCCAUAAUGCCAGAUCUGAUGCUGAUUUAGUGGGUGGUGGUGAAGAUGGUGAUGUUGAUUAUGAUGAUGAUGAUUAUGAUGACAGGGAUAGUGAUGGCUUGUCCCUGAAUAAGUGUAUGUCAUGCUUGUCCUAUAGAGAAUCCCAGGAAAAGGUAAUGAAUGACUCAGACUCCCAGGAUAACAGUCUUGUGGAUCAAAAUAAUCCAAUCUCACAUUCAUUCUCUGAGAAUUCUGAAGAAGAAAAUAAAGUCACAGGUGUAACCUCAGACAGUCAAACAGGUGUGGACGGAAGUCCUGAUAAAUCACCACCAACCCAUGAGCUAAUCCACAAGCACAAUGAUGGAAAAGAGGAUGUGGACAUUCAGACUGAUAGUGCCCUGCUUCCUCUCAGCCCAGAAUCUAAAGGAUGGGCCGUUUUGACAAGUGAUGAAGAGAGCGGCUCAGGGCAAGGGGCCUCAGAUAGCCUUAAUGAUAAUGAGACAUCCACAGAUUUCAGUUUUCCAGAUGUUAAUGAAAGAGAUGCUGAUGGCCUGGAAGCAGGCGACUCAGAAAUAACCCCUGGAUCCCCAUGGUCCUCAACACCAUCUGCUACUAGUGGACACUCAGAAGUGUUCAACAGUUCAGAGGCAGAGGCCAGUAAUAGUAGCCAUGAGUCUCGUAUUGGUCUAGCUGAGGGGUUGGAGUCUGAGAAGAAGGCGGUUAUGCCCCUCGUGAUCGUGUCUGCCCUGACUUUCAUCUGUCUAGUGGCUCUUGUGGGUAUUUUCAUCUACUGGAGAAAAUGCUUCCAGACUGCACACUUUUAUUUAGAGGACAGUACGUCCCCUCGAGUAAUAUCUACACCUCCAACACCUAUCUUUCCAAUUUCAGAUGAUGUUGGAGCAAUUCCAAUAAAGCACUUUCCAAAGCAUGUUGCAGAUUUACAUGCAAGUAGUGGGUUUACUGAAGAAUUUGAGACACUGAAAGAGUUUUACCAGGAAGUGCAGAGCUGUACUGCUGACUUAGGUAUCACAGCAGACAGUUCCAACCACCCAGACAACAAACACAAGAACCGCUACAUCAAUAUCGUUGCCUAUGAUCAUAGCAGGGUUAAGCUUGCACAGCUUGCUGAAAAAGAUGGAAAACUGACUGAUUACAUCAAUGCCAAUUAUGUUGAUGGCUACAACAGACCAAAGGCUUACAUAGCUGCCCAAGGGCCACUGAAAUCUACAGCUGAAGACUUCUGGAGAAUGAUAUGGGAGCAUAAUGUAGAAGUGAUUGUCAUGAUAACAAACCUUGUGGAGAAAGGAAGGAGAAAAUGUGACCAGUACUGGCCUACUGAGGGUAGUGAGGAAUACGGGAACUUUCUGGUUAAUCAGAAGAAUGUUCAAGUACUUGCUUAUUACACUGUGAGAAAUUUUACUCUAAGAAACACAAAGAUAAAAAAGGGCUCCCAGAAAGGAAGACCCAGUGGGCGCGUGGUCACACAAUAUCACUACACUCAGUGGCCUGACAUGGGGGUACCAGAGUACUCGUUGCCAGUGCUGACCUUCGUGAGAAAGGCAGCCCACGCCAAGCGCCACGCUGUGGGGCCUGUUGUGGUCCACUGCAGUGCUGGUGUUGGAAGAACAGGCACAUAUAUUGUGCUAGACAGUAUGUUGCAACAGAUUCAGCAUGAGGGAACUGUCAACGUAUUUGGCUUCUUAAAACACAUUCGCUCACAAAGAAAUUAUUUGGUGCAAACUGAGGAACAAUAUGUCUUCAUUCAUGAUACCCUGGUGGAGGCCAUACUCAGUAAAGAAACAGAGGUGCCAGAUAGUCACAUUCACGCCUAUGUUAAUGCACUCCUCAUUCCAGGACCAACCGGCAAAACAAAACUGGAGAAGCAAUUCCAGCUCCUGAGCCAAUCGAAUAUACAACAGAGUGACUAUUCUACAGCCCUGAAACAAUGCAACAGAGAAAAGAACAGAACUUCUUCUAUUAUCCCUGUGGAGCGAUCGAGGGUUGGCAUUUCAUCCCUGAGUGGGGAAGGCACGGACUACAUCAAUGCCUCCUACAUCAUGGGUUAUUACCAGAGCAAUGAAUUCAUCAUCACCCAGCACCCUCUUCUCCAUACCAUCAAGGAUUUCUGGAGAAUGAUAUGGGAUCAUAAUGCCCAGUUGGUGGUUAUGAUCCCUGAUGGUCAAAACAUGGCAGAAGAUGAAUUUGUUUACUGGCCAAAUAAAGAUGAGCCUAUAAAUUGUGACAGCUUUAAGGUCACUCUUAUGGCUGAAGAACACAAAUGUCUGUCUAAUGAGGAAAAACUUGUAAUUCAAGACUUUAUUCUAGAAGCUACACAGGAUGAUUAUGUACUAGAAGUGAGGCAUUUUCAGUGUCCCAAAUGGCCAAAUCCAGAUAGCCCCAUUAGUAAAACUUUUGAACUUAUAAGUAUUAUCAAAGAAGAAGCUGCCAACAGGGAUGGGCCCAUGAUUGUUCAUGAUGAGCAUGGAGGAGUGACAGCAGGAACUUUCUGUGCUCUGACAACCCUUAUGCACCAACUAGAAAAGGAAAAUUCCGUGGACGUUUACCAGGUAGCCAAGAUGAUCAAUUUGAUGAGGCCAGGAGUCUUUGCUGACAUUGAGCAGUAUCAGUUUCUCUACAAAGUGGUCCUCAGCCUUGUCAGCACAAGGCAGGAAGAGAAUCCGUCCACCUCUCUGGACAGUAAUGGCGCAGCUUUGGCUGAUGGAAACAUAGCUGAGAGCUUAGAGUCUUUAGUUUAACACUAAAGAGUGGGGGAAGCCCACAUCUGAGCAUUAUUUUCCUCUUUCUAAAAUUAGGAAAAUCAGUCCAGUUCUGUUAUUUGUUUACUUCUCCUCACUUGACAGUAACUUUCAUGACAUAGGAUUCUGCUGCCAAAUUUACAUAAUUAACAAUGUGUGCCUUUUUAAAAGACUUCUUGUCAUUCACUUAUUAUGUUUGGACUAAAAUGGUUAAAUUUUACAGUAUUUCUAAGAAUGGAAUUGUUGUAUUUUUUUUUUCCAUAUUGAUUUUAACAGAAAAUUUCAAUUUAUAGAUAUUAGGAAUUCCCAACUACAGAUAAUGUUUGUUUUUAGUGUCAAAUUUUUAGCUGUAUUUGUAGCAAUCAUCAGGUUUGCUAGAAAUAUAACUUUUAAUAUAGUAGACUGUAAAUAAACCACUCUGUUCCCUGUGAUAUUCAACAUUUUACAACUGCAGUAUUCACCUAAAGUAGGAAUAAUCUAAUACUUACUGUAAAUACUGCUCUAGUGUCUCCACAGACCAAAUUUAUAUUUAUAAUUGUAGAUUUUUAUAUUUUACUACUCAGUCAGUUUUCUAGUUCAGUGUAAUUGUUUAGUUUAAUGAUGUGUAGUCCAUUAUCUAUUCUUACUCUACAAGUCUCCUGAUUUCGUAUUGUGCUAAAUAAUUAACUCUGUUUCAGCAUGUAAUUUUAACUUUUGUGAAAAAUACAAAUACAUUUGUUUCAAAAGAUGUUUUUAUGAGAAUAACACCUUACCAAACAUUGUUUAAAUGGUUUUUAUCCAAGAAAUUGCAAAAAUAAAUAUAAAUAUUGCCGUCA